CCUCAUGGAGCAGACGUCUCAGGCUUCCUCCAUGAAUAUCCAGUCUGUGUGUCACAGGACAGAUGGACAGUGAGAGGAGAAGAGCGUAUCCAAGAAAACUUGUUGCAUCCAUGUUUUAAUGCAGAGGGAAACAUUAGUCUGAGGAGUCCAGGUCCCAUGAUGGAGUACUUGGUGUAUCUUAAUAGCCAGCAUUAUGGGGCAGAUUGUCCCAGUAACGGACCUGCCAGCCCCUCUGUCUCUCCAGUAGGCAACUGGCCUCAUCACUCUACACCCAUUCCUAGUUCACUGACAGCCAUUUCUACUACUGUUAGCUCCACGAUGACUAGCUUCAUGACUGAUUCAUGUAGUCCCAUUGGUUUUAUAUGUGGUGUCACCACUUCAGCCAAAGACCCUCUAAUGUCCACCCCCAAGAGUCUCUGCUGCUCUGACCAGGAUCCUGCCAGUGCUGCAGCUUACCUUCACCUCCUGGGAGAAUCGUUAUCCCUGAUUGGACACCAUCUCCAGGAGACAGAUAAAAAGGUGUGUAUGUCGAGUAGUUUGUCUCUACUCUUGGACUCUCUAUUGUGUGCUAUGGCUCCACUUACCGGCCUCACUAUGCACAUACCAGAGCUGAGGAGCUGCACACAACACACACUGGCCUCCACCUUGGAUAACAUUGCGUAUGUGAUGCCUGGCCUGUGAGUAAAAGGAGACCCCUACUGGCUCUCAACAGCAAUGAUAACCUGAAAAACAUUUUUCUGUUAGUUGAUACUUGAAAAGUAAGAGUUUUUCUGUUAUGAGAAUUUGCCUGCACUUUGAACUUUGAAGUGAACU